UAAUUAUUGUAAUUGACAUUUCUGAUGUGUUUUCAAUAUAAAUUUUGCAAUAUUUGGACAAUAUGAUAUAAUUUGUGUUUCAUAUAUUUCAUUUACUAACCAAUUGUCACGGAUUGUCUCUAAAUCACUUGUUAUGAAAAUAUAGCAUUAUGGACUCUGUUACUGAUGAACAAGCUCCAAGUAAUUCCCAAGAAGAUAGAGGUAGCAAUACAGAGACAGGGGUUCAAGUACACACUAAAGACUCCGCCAGAUACUGUUGGGUAUGUUUUGCAACAGACGAGGAAGACAGAACCGCUGCAUGGGUUCAACCCUGUAAUUGUAGGGGCACUACAAAAUGGGUACACCAAGCUUGUUUACAAAGGUGGGUAGACGAAAAACAAAAAGGUGGCAAUCUUGGAAAAGUUACAUGUCCACAAUGCCAAACAGAAUAUAUAAUAGUUUUUCCGAACAUGGGUGUUUUAGUUUUGGUGUUGGACACAGUAGAUAGUUUUAUUUACAAAGGAUGCCCCUUCUUAGCAGCAGGGAUAGUUGUAGGAGCUAUAUAUUGGUGUGCUGUCACUUAUGGCGCUAUAACAAUUAUGCAGGUAAUUGGACAAAAAGAAGGUUUGGCAAUAAUGGAACAAGCUGAUCCUCUAGUUUUAUUGAUAGGUUUGCCAGCUAUACCAGUAGCUUUAGUACUGGGCAAAAUGAUUAGAUGGGAAGAUGCUGUGCUCACCUUUAUGAGGAAGAACCUAUCAAAAAUUCCAAUUAUAAGAAAUGUUUUUCCAUUUAGCGAAUGUACCAGACUAGAAAUGAAUGCCAGCUCUUCAGAAACAUCGAAUAACGAAGACAUCCCGCCACUAUCAAAUCCUGUAUCUGCCACGAGAGUUCUCUGCGGUGCCCUGUUGAUGCCGACCAUCGCUAACAUGUUCGGAAAAUUCUUCUUCGAUUCCAUUAGGUCGAAUUUCCACAAGACAGUUCUGGGUGGGUUUACGUUCAUCGCCAUCAAAGGCUGCUUGAAGAUCUACCACAAGCAACAGCAGUACAUCAGACAGUGCCAAAGGAAAAUCUUGGAUUAUACGGAAUCUAACAUUUCAACUUAUCUCCAUAGGAGAGAAGAAUAGGAUAAUGCUUUUAAAUUUUACUACGGAGUAUGUUUACACCUCUGGCUCGGAAUAAUAACUGUUUUAAUAAACUAUUCAGAACAUAA